AUGGCCAAUAGCCAGCCCGAGCCGCGUGCACACCAGCAGUAUUCCCCGCAGAAAAUUGUCCUCGAGAAAGGGGGCCUACAGGAGACCGUCAUGGCCGACUCGGUCAGCGACUUGGAUAAGAGUUUCGUCGAUGAGGAGAUGCACAAGUCCGACGGCGAGGCCCAGUUCCGCCAGCUGGGAUGGAAGCGGCUCACCGUCGUCCUCAUUGUCCAGUCCGUUGCUCUCGGCAGCCUGAGUCUACCGGCCGCUUUCGCUACCCUCGGAAUGGUGCUCGGUGUUUUCUUUUGCGUCAGCCUCGGACUAGUCGCCAUCUUUACGGGCAAGAUCAUCGGAGAGGUCAAGCUCAAAUAUCCAGAGGUAGCCCAUUAUGCCGAUAGCGGGCGUUUGCUAUUUGGCAAGUUCGGCUAUGAGCUCUUCGGCGCCAUGUUUGCCAUCCAGCUUAUCCUAGUUGUCGGCUCGCAUACUCUAACCGGUACCAUCGCCUUUCUUAAUCUCACCAGUAACAGUGGUUGUUCUGCUGCCCUUGGCUUCGCCUCUGCCAUUAUCCUUCUGGUCCUAGCUAUCCCGCCCUCUUUUGCCGAGGUCGCAAUCCUCGGCUAUGUGGACUGUAUCUCCAUCUUUAGCGCCAUUGGCAUUAUUACGUAUGGCCGAUAUUCUCCAAAAGUUCCGUGA